AUGGCUGCUACUACUGACUACAAGCUUGACUUCACGACGUUCUACAACGUCAUCAACAAUGAGUUGAAGUCUACCCCCACCACCCGCACCGCCACCAACCCCUCCACUCUGGCUCCCCUUCCUGCCGUCCCCGUCUCCACCCAGGCCGACGUCGACGCUGCAGUCUCGGCCGCCAAGGCCGCUUUCCCUGCAUGGAGCGCCACCCCAAUUGAAGAGCGCGCUGCCCUCAUCAACAAGUUCAUCGACGCCAUCCAGGAGAACUUCAGUGAGUUCACCGGUCUGCUUGCGGCCGAGGGCAAGCCCCCCACAGCUGCCGGGUUCGAGGUCCAGUUCACCAUCAUGCACUUGAAGGCGUCCGUGUCGCUAAGGUUGGAGGAGGAGGUUGUCGAGGAGACCGACGAGAAGAUCGCCAAGGUGCGGUAUACCCCCCUUGGCGUCGGUGUCGGUAUCAUCCCCUGGAACUUCCCCAUGCUCUUGGGUGCCGGCAAGCUUGGACCCGCCCUGUUGGCCGGAAACACCUUCAUCUGGAAGCCCUCGCCAUACACUCCCAACACCGCCCUCAAGCUCGCUGAGCUCGGCACCAAGAUCUUCCCCCCUGGUGUCUUCCAGGCUCUUUCCGGCGAGGAGGACCUCGGCCCCAUGUUCACUGCCCACCCCGACGUCCGCAAGAUCUCCUUCACCGGUUCCACCGCCACGGGCAAGAAGGUCAUGGCUGCUUGCGCCUCUACGCUCAAGCGCGUGACGCUCGAGUUGGGCGGCAACGACGCCGCUAUCGUCUGCGAUGAUGUCGACCUCGAUAAGGUCGUACCCAAGGUUGCUCUUACCGCUUUCAACAACGGCGGUCAGGUCUGCGUCGACAUCAAGAGGCUGUUUGUGCACGAGAAGAUCUACGACGCCUUCCUGGCCAAGCUGGUCGAGACCGUCAAGACCUUCAAGUGGGGCGGCUCUGAGGACACCGAGGGCGCUUUCUUCCCUCCUGUCCAGAACCAGAUGCAGUUCGAGAAGGUCAAGGACAUGUUUGCGCAGAUCGAGAAGCAAGGGUGGAAGACGGCCACCGGCGGUGCGGUCGAGGCCGAGGCCGGCGACAAGAAGGGAUAUUACUUCCAGCCUACCAUCAUCGACAACCCCUCUGAUGAGUCGAGAAUCGUGCAGGAGGAGCCCUUCGGUCCUAUCUUGCCCGUCCAGAAGUGGAGCAGUGAGGAGGAGGUGCUCAAGAGGGCCAACAACACCGAUAUGGGCCUUGGUGCCUCCGUCUGGAGCAGUGAUUUGGACAAGGCCGAGAGGAUCGCGAGGAAGUUGGAGGCUGGCAGCGUCUGGAUCAACAACCAUCAGGAUCUGUCGCCUUUUGUGCCAUUCGGUGGCUACAAGAGCUCCGGCAUUGGCCACGAUUGGGGUAUCAUUGGCCUUAAGGGCUGGUGCAACGUCCAGAGCUUGACGAUCCCCAAGAAGGCUUAA